ACCAGCAGACUCCGCGAACGCGCAUUUCGUUACCUUCACUCGACUUGUUCAGAAGCUGUGCUUUUAUAAAUUUGAAUUUUUACCAUUAAAAAGUUUGUUAAUUUGUUACAAGUUUUUCGUCGUUGACUGUUGAAAAGAAGCAAGGAACAAUGGACGGCUUCGACGAUGUCGGUGUGUUCUUCUCGGACAACUUCGGGGACGACGGCGGUCAGAACCAGAACCCGAACCAGAUCAAUCUGCAGCAGGUGAAGAACAAGUACCGCGAGUUCAUCCGGACGUUCUGCGAGGCCAACUUUAGCUACAAAUACCGUGACACCCUGAAGCGUAACUACCUGCUGGGUCGGUACUAUCUGGAGGUGGAGAUUGAGGACCUGGCCGGGUUCGACGAGACGCUCGCCGACAAGCUGUACAAGCAGCCGACCGAGCAUCUGCAGAUCUUCGAGGAGGCAGCCCGCGAAGUGGCGGAUGAGAUUACGGCCCCGCGGCCGGAUGGGGAAGAGCAGAUUCACGACAUCCAGGUGUUGCUUACUUCGGGUGCGAACGCGACCAACAUCCGUGACCUGAAGUCGGAGUGCGUUUCGCGGCUGGUGAAGGUGGCCGGCAUCAUCAUCUCGGCGUCGGGGAUUAAGGCCAAGGCAACGCGGAUUUCGAUCCAAUGUCGUACGUGCAGCAACGUGAUUCCGAACCUGCCGGUCAAUCCGGGGUUGGAGGGCUACCAGUUGCCUCGGAAGUGCAACACGGAGCAGGCCGGUCGACCCAAGUGUCCGCUGGAUCCGUACUUUAUCAUGCCGGACAAGUGCCGCUGCGUGGACUUCCAGGUGUUGAAGCUGCAGGAACUGCCGGACUUUAUUCCGCAGGGUGAAAUUCCGCGCCACAUGCAGCUGUUUUGCGAUCGGAGUUUGUGCGAGCGAGUCGUGCCGGGAAAUCGCGUCCUGAUUCACGGCAUUUUCUCGAUCCGGAAGAUUGGCAAUCCGGGCAAGCAGGAUGGUCGCGAGAAGGCGAUUAUUGGAGUGCGUGCGCCGUACAUGCGCGUGGUGGGAAUUACGGUGGACACGGAGGGUGUUGGUUCCAUUUCGCGGUUCAACAACAUCACGAUCGAGGAGGAGUCGAUGUUCCGGAAGAUGGCCGCAAAUCCGAACAUUUACGACACACUCACGGAGAGCUUGGCUCCGAGUAUCUUCGGAUCGCAGGACAUCAAGAGGGCCAUCGUUUGCAUGCUGUUUGGCGGGUCCCGAAAGCGAAUGCCCGAUGGAUUGACUCGGCGAGGGGACAUCAACGUACUGCUGCUGGGUGACCCCGGUACGGCCAAGUCCCAGCUGUUGAAGUUCGUCGAGAAGGUCGCCCCGAUUGCAGUGUAUACUUCUGGCAAGGGUUCCAGCGCGGCUGGUUUGACCGCUUCGGUGAUGCGUGAUCCGGCGACCCGGAACUUUGUGAUGGAGGGAGGUGCUAUGGUCUUGGCGGAUGGUGGCGUGGUCUGUAUCGACGAGUUCGAUAAAAUGAAGGAGGACGACCGCGUCGCCAUCCACGAAGCCAUGGAACAGCAGACCAUUUCGAUCGCCAAGGCCGGAAUCACCACCACCCUCAACUCGCGCUGUUCCGUCCUAGCCGCGGCCAACUCCAUCUUCGGUCGCUGGGACGACACCAAGGGCGAGGACAACAUCGACUUCAUGCCCACCAUUCUGUCUCGUUUCGACAUGAUCUUCAUCGUGAAGGACGUCCAUGACCAGGCCCGUGACAUGACCCUCGCCAAGCACGUCAUGAAUGUCCACAUGAACGCCAACAAGGCCACCGUGGAAACGCAGGAAGGCGAAGUGUCCCUUGCCACGUUCAAGAAGUACAUCAACUACUGCAGAACGCACUGCGGGCCGCGUCUCAACGAAGGAGCAGCCGAAAAGCUCAAAGCGCGUUACGUCACGAUGCGCAGCGGUGCCGGUGAAGCCGAACGUCAAUCCGACAAGCGUCUCUCGAUCCCCAUCACCGUACGCCAGCUAGAAGCAGUCAUCCGAAUGUCCGAGUCCCUCGCCAAAAUGCAACUCCAACCGUUCGCCACCGAACAGCACGUCACGGAAGCGCUCCGUCUCUUCCAAGUGUCAACGCUGGACGCGGCCAUGUCCGGUUCCCUGGCGGGCGCCGAAGGAUUCACCUCCGAGGAGGACACCGAAGUGUUGAACCGCAUCGAGAAGCAACUGAAGCGUCGUUUUGCCAUCGGCUCGCAGGUCUCCGAGCAGAACAUCAUCCAGGACUUUGCGCGCCAAAAGUACCCCGAGCGGUCGGUGCUGAAGGUGAUCCACACGAUGAUCCGGCGGGGCGAGCUGCAGCACCGAAUGCAGCGCAAGAUGCUGUACCGGUUGUCGUGAAGAGGAAGAGCGUUGAUUUCGUUUGAGUACCUAAGCCUAUUUUUUAACCGUUGUGUGGAUAAGUUCAGUAGUUGAUAAGAACUUUUUUUUCGUAAUAAAUCAUUGACUUUUUUGAUAAUAAUAGUGAGAA